AUGGACGAGAGUAUUGUUGUUCGGGGUCAGAAAAGGACCGAGAGAAGGGCAAAGUCCAAGACUGGUUGUGGGACGUGCAAGAUCCGGCGAAUCAAAUGUGACGAGUCUAAACCGAGUUGCAACAAAUGUGUGAGCACUGGCCGGAAGUGUGAUGGAUACGAGUCUCCGUUCAGAUCUUUCAUCCCGGAGCUCGGCAGCAGAGGCACUGGACAGCAGGAUGACAUAGAGCAAGCUAAUGUUGGUACCAGAGCGGUCUUGCCAGCAGAAGUCGAGAUUCUCAGUCGGCUCUUCUCGACGAAAACUAUGUUCGACGUGAACUUAGGCUGCGAAGAAGAAUCGAAGCAGGUGCUCCACGCAAGUCUGACCCAAGCCCCGUUGAGAAGUGCGAUCGCAUCUCUCAAGGUAUUGCGAGAGGAUCUGGAGUCGUCGCUAAGCAAUUCUCCAUCAUCUCCAUGGCGACCCGAGACCAACCACGAGGGCCUCCAACAAUACAGCAAAGCUAUGACAGGUCUUGCAAAGAGUCUGUCGUUACCGGAUAGGACACGAGUACCUUCCACUUUGCUUUGUUGCGAGACCUUUAUAAGCAUUGAACAAGUUCGAGGCGAUCAUGUAGCGAUGGCGCAGCACAUCAUCCGAGGAGUUGAGAUCAUGCGAGAGUAUGGUGCCAGACCGUGCCUCACCCACGCCGGGAAGCUGGUGCCUGCGCAUCGCGGACCGCUUCCACUUAUUGAUGUCUUUGCCGUCAAGCUCUUUGCGGCGCCAUGUCGCUUCAAAGAGCAGCCAGCAGUAGUGGGUGCACAUGGUGGGACUGCUGCGACCUGUGAUGAUCAAAGACUCGACCCCGAGAACCAGAAGCAACUGAAGAAUCUCGCAACUAAUACCCUGGUCUUCCUCAAUGAGGUCCGUCAUGUUCAGUCCGUCGAAGACGCCACUCAGCUCGUAUCAAAGAAAGCCAACCUGCUGAAGUCCUUGAAUGAUUGGCUCCUCGAUCUCAACCAAAUCCAACGACAAGGCGAGCCAAUUGACAAGGAGCCUCUUGCAGUGUUGUUCGAGCGUGUUUUCCACCAACUGCUGAGGAUUUUUACAUUGAAUGCAUUGGACUCAUCCCAGAGCCAGGACGUGCAGAUUGCUGCAGAGAAGAGGCAGCUUCUGGAGCUGGCUGGCAUUGUAAGCUCGAGAGUGCAGGCGUACAAUGCAGGUUGGAGCGCGGGUUCUGUUUUCGGCGGAGAGAGGCAGACUGUUGGCGUGUAG